AAUAUAAAUACAAAUUGGAAAUCGAUUGAGAUGGGACAAUCCUCAAGCCAACAACGGAGAAUUGAACGCCGACUCCAACCGGGUGAUCACAUCACCACUGACAGAUACGUGUUUGUCUACCAGCAUCACGGAAUAUAUGUGGGAGACGACAUGGUGAUUCAUUUGCUACCACUCGUAAAGCAAGGUAACUCUUCUAUCCAAUGCCAAAAAUGUGGACACACCCCAAGCACACACGGUGGGAUCGUCAAAACAUGCUUGUCUUGCUUUCGCGACGGCAACUCAAUGGAUAUUAUUUGUUAUAAUUCGUGGGACUGCAAGGCUCCUGAUGAAGUUGUGAAGACUGCCACCGAGUUUUUAGAAGGAAUAAGGAGCUUCGGUGACUACAAUUUUGUUUUUAACAACUGUGAGGACUUUGCAUCAUUCUGUAAGACAGGCACAAAGUCAUCUGAGCAAAGAGCAAAGGGAAUUACAUUAGCUACUGUGGCCGUAGCUGCACUACCGGCGGUCAAAAUAUCGCGUUUGUUUUAGCUGCACUAACCAGCAACCGUGGCUGUAACCGCACUAACCGGCGGUUUUAAGUUCG